CGGCGCCAAAAAUGGCAAACCUUUUCCUUUUCCUCUCCCUCUCUCUCCUCCUCCUCUGCCCUCCCAUCGCCGCCGUCCGCCCCAUCUUCUCCUCAGAUCCACUCCUCUCCGAUGGAGUUUCCGCCGGCGGCGGAGAAUCGCCGGGGUUCUUAUCUCUGCCCUCAGCUGCGGAGGAGGAGGGGAGCUGCGAGCAGACGUACGGAUUCUUGCCGUGCACGGCGACGGCAGGAGGGAACAUGUUCCUGGUGAUUGCUUAUGGGUUCUUGAUGUUCAAGGCGGCCACUUAUUUGUCGGCGGGGAGCGAGUUGUUGCUUGAGAUCUUGGGGCCUGGAAUCGUGGGAGGACUGUUCCUGCCUAUUCUUGGCGCUCUUCCUGAUGCCAUGCUCAUCUUAGUAUCUGGUCUUUCUGGAACCAAAGAAGAAGCUCAAAAGCAGGUCUUGAUUGGAAUUGGCUUGCUUGCUGGUUCAACUGUCAUGCUUUUGACAUUACUAUGGGGUACUUGUGUUGUUGUUUCAAAGUGUGAUCUUUCUGAGAAUUCGACUUCAGUAGAUUCACAAGACACAAAAGGGUUUAGUCUUUUUGGAUCUGGUACCACUACAGAUUUGCAAACUACUUAUGCUGCUAGAAUCAUGGCUAUAUCCAUUGUUCCCUUCAUCAUUGUGCAACUUCCCAGAGUUUUCAAGUUUCCAUCAGGACAACGUUUAAUGGUCUUGGUCGCGCUCAUUGUUUCAGUUGCACUUGUACUUUCUUACUGUUUGUACCAGGUUUGUCAGCCAUGGAUUCAGAAGAGAAGAAUAGCAUACGCAAAGCAUAAGCAUGUGAUUUCCGGCAUUUUGCAACAUGCCGAAAUGGAAGGUCUUGGUCGUCUUCUAACCAGCGAUGGAGAACCUAAUAUACCAGCCAUUAAAAAGUUGUUUCACAAAAUUGAUUUGGAUUCAAACAAUGUACUUUCAAAUGCUGAACUAAGAGCGUUUAUCAUAGGAAUCCAGUUUGAUGAAAUAGACCUGGAUAAAGAUGAUGCUGUAGCGAAAGUGAUGCAUGAUUUUGAUACAUCGAGAAAUGUAGAUGUUGAUGAAACAGAGUUCAUCAAUGGAAUCACGAGAUGGAUUAAUGAAGCCAAACACACUGUUGACACUGCUGGUGUUCACUCAAAAAAUUUCAUCCAUGAUUUUCAUUCGAGAACAAAAGAUGAACAUAACAUGUUGAUUGAUAAGAGUGAUGAGGUUGUCGAGAGCGUUCAAAAUCCAACUUGGAUAUGCAUAAAAGCCCUCUUACUGUUGUUACUCGGAACCGUGAUGGCAGCUGCAUUUGCAGAUCCUCUUGUAGAUGCUGUAGAUAAUUUUUCAAUUGCUACUAGUAUACCUUCAUUCUUCAUCUCUUUCAUUGCGAUGCCUUUAGCUACUAACUCCAGUGAGGCUGUCUCAGCUAUUAUUUUCGCCAGUCGAAAGAAGCAAAGGACGUCUUCACUAACAUUUUCUGAGAUAUACGGUGGUGUAACUAUGAAUAAUACACUUUGCCUGGCGGUAUUCUUGGCUCUUGUUUAUGCAAGGGGAUUGACUUGGGAAUUCUCUUCUGAAUCGCUCGUUAUUCUUCUUGUUUGCAUCGCGAUGGGCCUCUUUACAAGCUUCAGAACGACAUUCCCACUGUGGACUUGCAUGGUUCCUUACUUGUUCUAUCCGUUGUCUCUGGCAAUUGUUUAUGUGCUAGACUUUGUUUUUGGAUGGUCAUAGACUGUCCUAAUAAAGUAAUUAAGAAAAUUCAUGUAGAGGGUCCUCAAUGGCAAAUCAUAUAGGAACGUAGAAUGUGUUCUAGCACAUUUUAAAGUUGAUAAUUGCACGGAUAUAUUAUUCUGAUUCAAUCAUAUAGGACUAAUAACGUUUAUUAGUGCCACUGAUUUAAAAUAUGUAAGGGGACACAUGUCAUAUUCUCCUUCUCUCUAUGAUUUUCUAAAGAGGGCCCUCCAGAAUUAUUUCUAUUAACUUUUGUAUACUCUAAUCAGUCUGAUGAGAUUCUUUCUAAAUCUUACUUUGA